AUGGCGCCACCAAAGCCUACCAAGGGGCAGAUAAUGAUGCUCAAGAACAUGGUCAUGAGGGAUGUGGCUGUUUUACGGUGGAGCGAGGGAGUGACGGACAGGCUGUGCGACACGGGCUGGAGCUCUCAGGAGAUCAGGGCGUAUAUGAACGGGGUAACGGGAGUGGGCAUCCUCCAAGAGAGGCAAGAUCUCAUAUACAUAAGAGAGCUUGACGACUCCCUUGGUCUGCGCGAGCUACGCGCCAAAGUGGCUGAAAAGGCUGGUAUCACCACCAACGACAAACGCAUCCGCCUUUCCAUCUUUCGGAACAGCUGCUAUGGACCGAACACUGUGGAUAUCACUCGCCGCUUCCUCGACUCAGGUGCACUACGCCGUCUCGUGCAAGAUGACUUCGCGAACAAUAUCAUGAACGACAACUUCCUCAAGAAUAGGAAACACUGGAGCGGUGAGGAUGCAUACCGCUUCUACGUUUUCCUUGCAUGCGUCAUGCAACUGGGCUGUGUGCUCCCUGACGAGAUGAAGCUCUGCUGCGACAAGAUGUUGAGCCCCGAAUUUGCGAUUGCACUGAAGAAGAGGUACUCCCACUACGCUCUCAACGGCUUUGCUUUGGCCCAGCUGUUGAAGGCCUAUCGCGUCUACACCCCAGGAGUUCCGGCCGACUACGGCGGCCCAAGCUUCUUCCAACAGCUGCAAACGAUGUUCGAACCAACCUGGACGAAGCCCAUCGUCGAGGAGUACGGCUGCAUCAAAGUCCUUCGGAGCACCAUGCCAAACGGUCAAGACGUCGUCGACAUCAUCCGCAAUUUCCCCGACGCUGGGAAAGGCUUCGAAUCAAUGAGCUAUCCCAACCAUCUGUGCGCAGCAUGCGGCGCGGACCAGAAGAGUAACGGCGAACCGCUCCGCGAUUGUAGUGGCUGCGGGGCUCGCAAGUACUGCCCCAGGAGCUGCCAGAAGAAGCACUGGAAGCUGCACAGAUUCAUGUGCACGUACCCGCGCAAGGAGCUUGAGAGUCUUCUCGACAGCCUCCCGCUCGACUUCCCGAGCGCCGAGGAAAGCCUGGAGGAGGCGAAGAAGAAUAUUCCCGACAAUUGCAUGGUGCUGGACUCGAUGGGCAAGGACAUCCGGAUGGAGGAGCCGUCUUCUUGA